AUGAUGGCUGACGAGGCUCGCGAAAUGAGAUGUUACGAUGCCACUGGUUGCACAAACUCUGCGCUCAUUUGCUUUCUUAGCGAGCCGACACUAGUUCAGGGUGAACAGCCUAUCAGCGCAUCGUCUGCUUUCUCGAUCCAUGUUGCACUAGUGGAAGAUAAGAGCUGUGUCAAGGAGAUUAACGGCUUCCGCACGCAAGAAACCCUGGGCUUGAAGGGUUUCACAGAAGCCAAGGCCAGUUCGAAAGCAACAAGAAACACACAGCUUAGCGAGCCCAUGAGUGGCGUGACUUGCGACGCUCUCAAGAAUGGAACUGUUACGAUUAUGGUGAGCUGCUCACGAGCUUCGUUUCAUCACGUCUUGGCCAUGCGCAUAGUAACUUUGAACAGCUUCCUCUUUGUACCAGUUUUGGUUGCAAGACGCUUCACAAAGCGCCACCGAAACGGCAAACAUCGAUAUUUUGUGCAUUUCCUACCUCGUCUGAUGUCAGACGAGGUAGAGAGUGUCAAGUUUCCCUGUUUCGCCCUCCUUUUCUCAUCACAGGACCAAAAGAUGACAAAGAGCUUGAUGUACUACUCUGGCACUGAAGCCACUUGCUCCGUUGCUGUUGCCGCCUGGAAGAAGGGCUAUGAACAAUUCAGCGCAAUCCCACCAGCUUACACCACCAGCGAGGCUGUUUACAAAAAGGGUGAUGCAACGAACUUCGUCUCCCUCAUCAGCGAAGGGGAGAGUACCACAGCCACCUGCUACAGUGUUGAGGGCUGCGACCAGCGAGCUAUCGUUUGCGAGCUCUCACCUGCAGUCUUCACGAAGGAUAAAGCACCCAUAUCCGAGAGCACCUGGAAAAAGGUUACUCAGACGAUGUCACAAGGUAACAGCGCACCAGUUUCUUUCUCCACUGGCCUGCUUAGCACCGCCCUGAUAGUGGCUGUUGCCUUUGCAUUCAACUCCUAA